AUGUACAAGCUAAAAUUUUUUUCACGAGAUGCUCUACAGACCUAUUUUAUUGACUUUCCAUUUUCUGCUUCUGAUGAAGGUUUUUUACUUUUUCGCAUUCAAUUAUCUUUCUGUAGUUUGAGUUUUCGCUGCAUGUCGCACAUAAAACCGUUGGGCAUCACGUUGGGAUGUCCUGGUGUCCGGGUUUCCUUUCCAAUUAACGAAAAUCCUUCGAAUCCCCAACCACCUUCGCCGUUAACUAUGACCAGCGAAAUUGCCGCAAUCGCCAAAGAAUUGAAGUCUUCUUUGAAGCAGUUCCCCAACUUCCCGCAAGAGGGUAUCCUUUUCGAGGACUUCUUGCCUAUUUUUGCCAAACCUGACUUGUUCCAAAAAUUGGUGGAUGCUUUCAAGUUGCACUUGCAAGGAACAAAAGUCGACUACAUUGUGGGCUUGGAGAGCAGAGGCUUCCUUUUCGGCCCUACUUUGGCCUUGGCCUUGGGUGCUGGUUUCAUUCCAGUGAGAAAACCAGGAAAGUUGCCUGGCCCUACCUUGUCUGCCGAGUUCAAGAAGGAGUACGGCAGCGAUGUUUUCGAGAUCCAGGAGGGUGUGAUCCCCAAAGACGCUAAUGUUGUGAUUGUGGACGACAUCUUGGCCACAGGCGGAAGUGCCAGCGCAGCAGGAGAAUUGGUUACCAAAGCAGGAGCCAAAGUGGUGGAGUAUCUUUUCGUGAUGGAGUUGACGUUUUUGAACGGAAAGGACAAGUUGGGUGCGCCUAGAUUCACCUUGUUGAGCGGCCAAGACGAGGCUCUUUAG